AUGCUAGCAUUCAAAGACUAUUAUGACAAAUUAUACAAUAAUAGACGAGGCAUAGGAGACCCCAACCCAGCCGACAUAGCAGACUAUUUAUCAGACCUUCAUCUCCCUCGGCUCACCACAGAGCAAAAUGAAACUUUAGAUGCCCCAAUAUCCGAAGAGGAACUAUUAGAGACUAUUUCUUCUCUCCCCUUAGGGUUUUCUGCGGACAAAGUUGCCUCACGCCCACUGCCUAUAAUCUUUGUUAUUACUCCAACCUACACCCGAAUUGUGCAAAAGGCAGAACUUACCCGCAUGGCCAACACUCUGCGCCAUGUUCCAGCAUUACAUUGGAUCGUGGUGGAAGACUCAAAGAACAAGACACCACUAGUGACUAACUUCUUAAGGACAAGUAAAGUUCAGUAUACACAGCUCUGUGUUAUGACCCCAAAAGGUGUUAAGAAGGCAAGAGGAACAUUGCAGAGAAACAUCGGUCUGAGCUGGCUACGAGAAACCUUCUAUCCUGAUGAAGCCCCAGAAGGGGUUGUAUAUUUUGGUGAUGAUGACAACACUUACAGCUUGGAGGUCUUCGAAGAGAUGCGAUACACUAAAAAAGUCUCUGUUUGGCCGGUAGCCUUUGUUGGCGGCCUGCGCUUUGAGUCAUUGAAACUAGAUACUGCAGGGAAGGUCAAAGGAUUUGCAGUAAAGUAUGCUUCUUUGCGACGUUUUGCCAUAGACAUGGCUGGUUUUGCUAUCAACUUAAAGCUGAUUUUGGAAAAACCUAGGGCCAUGUUUCGUCUAGAUGUGAAAGGUGGAUACCAAGAGACAAGCUUGCUGGAGUCCCUUGUUAACAUUAAUGAUCUGGAACCCAAAGCCAAAAAUUGCACCAAGGUUCUCGUCUGGCACACAAAAACAUUGAUACCAAAUAUAAACUCAGACAAAAAUUUUACAAGUAAAACCAUUGAAGUUUGA